AUGACACACGCACAGAAGAGACUGCGCAAAUUCGAGUGCAAAAUCUGCGAAAAAAAAUUCGUUAGCGGUAAUGAUCUCCGAAAACAUUUACGUACUCAUACCGACGAAAGGCCUUACGUUUGCAAUGAAUGUGGGCAAGGGUUCAGACAGGGUGGAUCCCUUAAAAACCACAUUGCCUGCAAGCAUUCGUCAGGGCUUCAGAGCAAAAACAUAUUCGUUUGCAACUACUGCAAAAAAGCAUUCCCACUCAAAGACAGGCUCAAACUGCACAUGCGAACGCACACGGGCGAUAGACCAUAUGAAUGCAAUAAGUGCAACAAAAAAUUUGCUAGAGGGGGUCAACUUGUUCAACACAUGCGCAUACAUACUGGGCAAAAGCCUUACAUUUGUCACGUAUGCAACUCUACAUUCACCUGUUGCGCUAACCUCAAAUUUCACAUGAACAGACAUCUGGAAAUACGCGAUUUCAUAUGCGAUAUUUGUGGAAAGAGAUUCUUCAGGCAGGAUGCUUUGAAAAAGCAUCUCAACUGCUACCACGCAAACCUGAAAGCGUUUCACUGCAAUAUUUGCAACAAAGAGCUAAAAGGGCAUUUGCCACAACACAUGAGAAUACACAAACAAGAUAAACCACAUGGCUGUGGACACUGUGGAGCACGAUUCACACAAAGGUCUCAGUUGACAGUCCAUCAACGAAUUCACAGCGGUGAGAAACCUUACAGAUGUCAGAUUUGCUGGAAGGCAUUCGCACAUUCCACAGCCUUAAGGCUACACACUCGCAGACAUACAGGGGAAAAACCCUUCACUUGUGUACUCUGUGACUCAUCUUUCACCCAACUACCCCACUUGAAGAAACAUAUGCUUGCCAUACACAAAAGUGCAAAACCUUAUGUGUGCAGAUAUUGCAAAUCUUUUUAUAAGACUAAAUCGGAGCUAGAAAUUCAUCAUAAGUUAUGCGGCAAUGUUUUAGAAGAUAAGCCUAAAACAAAUCCAGAAGGAGAUAUAACAAUGCCAAUAGAAAAAAUGAGAUAUUUGCUAGCAAUUCUUUUGAAGAAGAUAUCUGCUCCUGAUAGAUUAACAGAGUUAGGUUUCAAUAAGAAGCUCAUAGAUGAGGUCUUGGUAGAUUCUAUAGAAAGUUCUGGUAGAGAGUCUUGUAAGGAUAUGGAUUUGACAGAUGCGGAAAAGUUGAAAAGAAAUGUGAGAAUACUUUUAGAAUGGACAGUUCCUAAGAUGUAUAUGGAAAAGUUCACUAAAGAACGUAGGUCUACUGAGGAACUUUUGAAACAGUUGACCUCGUAA